GGGCAAGCCGUCUGAUAGGCAGGAGUAGCCGAGCCGGCCGAGCGCGUCGAUCGGGCCGGGCGCCGCCAUGUCGCUGCUGCUGCCGCAGGGCCGGUGCGGGGCCGCCGCCGCCCGGGGGCUGCUGGUGCCGCGGGGCCGGGCCCGGGUGUUAGGAAGCCAUGUGUGUAACAGGUAUGGAACAUCAGGUUCUUUACCAGGGGAAAAAAAAGAGCACCUGCAGAAUGGACCAGACUUAGAGGACUUUGUCUCUGGAGAUCUGUCAGACAAGAGCACAUGGGCUGACUAUAAAGGCAAUUUAAAGCGUGAGAAAGGAGAAAGGCUGCAUCUUCCUCCAUGGCUGAAAACAAAGAUUCCCAUGGGAAAGAACUACAAUAAAUUAAAGAAUACCUUGAGAAGUUUAAAUCUUCAUACGGUAUGUGAAGAAGCACGUUGUCCCAACAUUGGGGAAUGCUGGGGAGGUGGGGAGUUUGCCACAGCGACAGCUACUAUUAUGCUGAUGGGUGACACGUGCACCAGAGGCUGCAGGUUUUGUUCAGUGAAGACUGCCAAGAACCCCCCUCCGCUGGACCCGCGGGAGCCCUACAACACAGCCGAGGCCAUCGCGGCCUGGGGCUUGGACUACGUGGUGCUGACGUCCGUGGACAGAGAUGAUAUGCCUGAUGGUGGAGCGGAACACUUUGCAAAGACAGUCCGGCAUCUGAAAGAAAGGAAUCCAAAAAUCCUGGUGGAAUGCCUAACUCCCGAUUUCCGAGGAGACCUUAAAGCAGUGGAGAAGGUCGCCUCGUCGGGUCUGGAUGUGUAUGCGCACAACGUGGAGACGGUGCCGGCACUGCAGAGGUGACCAAUGGCUCUGGGUGUGCCGGGCGCGGAGCGGGGCCGGGCGUGGAGCGCAGCGUGGCGCGGAGCGGGGACUUACAGGUUCAGUUUGACAGGUAAAUCCAUGAUUUUCCUUGUGAUCCUUCUGCCACUAACAAGGACUUUUGUUUUUCCAGUAUUGCGGGAAGCAGAUGUGGAUUGUUUGACCCUAGGACAGUAUAUGCAACCAACAAAACGUCACCUAAAGGUGGAAGAGUACAUAACUCCUGAGAAGUUUAAGUACUGGGAAAAAGUAGGAAAUGAUCUUGGAUUCCAUUACACUGCCAGUGGGCCUUUGGUGCGUUCUUCCUAUAAAGCAGGUGAAUUCUUCUUGAAGAACUUGGUAGAAAAAAGAAAGACAAAAGCCAUCUGAAAAUGAGAAUGAACCUAUUUAAAGCAGCCAGUUUUAAGAAUCCUUUUUCAGUUUAUAAUUAUACUCAGUUCCAGGAAUGCAGAAGAACAGAUGGUAGCUAUAUGAAUAAACUUGCUAUCUUUCCAGAACAAUUUUUUCUCAUCAAAACGCAUUAUUUUACCUCAUUUCUCCUGGCAAGGCUACAGCCACAGAAUACUUGAGUAUUCAGCAAAAAGACAGAAGAUUGAACCGAUUUUGAAAGAGUGAUGGAACUGAAGUGGAAGAAACAAACAGAGGCUGGGAACAAAGAGUGGGCAGAUUUAUAGGUCUGCUACAGCAGUCAGCAUUGCUGCAGUUGAUACCUGUGAAGGUGCUGCUAGUAAUUAGAAAGGUACUGAUACUUUGGUGUACCUUUCUCUUAUGUAACAUAAGCUUGCAGGGGCUCUGGGAACUGUAGGAGUUCUAAAGAAAGACUCUGUGUGAUAAUGCACCUGACCAGGGCUUUCUUGAACCAUGCCAGAGACAGUUCAGUGAUACUCCAAGAUAGUAUCUCUUAGCUGCAUCAGAGAAAAAGAGCUGUGCCAUUCUGAUAGCUAAAGCUUUUCCAGAGCUUCCAUAUCUCCAAGUGUGAGCCUUGGUAUGUACAAGGCAUCAGCAAAAGAAAACGAAAUGUCCUUUCUAGCAAGACAAUUAACCUUGUGUAGAUACCAUUAAUUUAAACAAUUUGGAAAAUCAGAGUUGGUGGAGGUGCAUAAAUGGAGCUACCCCUAAUUUAUGUACAUGACUGCAACAAACCCCACUGAGCUGCCCUGAUGCUUUGGUAUUGAGCAUGCAGAACUGCAAUCCUGUACCGUGCUCCUUUGCAUGGCCAUUGUCUUGUCAUUAAAGGAAAAUUAAAACCCCAGUGGUUGUGUUGGGUGGGUCUGGUUACUUGCCCCUUCAGGCUUGGUCUGGCUGCUAAAUCUUAGUGCAGAGAAGUGAACCACGUUGUGGGUAAAACAUGAGAUCCACUGUAUGUCACACUAAGCUCAAGCAGAAAUAAAAACAUGGCAUAUGCUACA